UUCAACAGCACUACUCGAGAUGAAUUUUUCAGACAAAAAUAUAAAGACCCUUAUAAAGAAUUAAUCGAUCCUCCUGUAAUAAAAAAUUAUAGUAGAGUAAAUGCGUGUAUAGUCAUAUUAGCGAGGAAUCAAGAAUUACAUCAAUUAAGAUCAUCGAUGAGACAAUUUGAAGAUAGGUGGAAUAAAAAGUAUAAUUAUCCAUAUGUAUUUUUAAAUGAUGUAGAAUUUUCCGAAGAAUUUAAAAAGUAUACAAGUGCGAUGACUCAAUCUAAAACAAAAUAUGCAUUGAUACCAAAAGAGAUGUGGAGCUAUCCAAGUUGGAUAGAUCAAAACUUAGCGGCCGAAAGAAGAAAAAAAGCGGUAGAAGAUAAAAUGAUCUAUGGUGGUUCGGAAUCAUAUAGACAUAUGUGUAGAUUUAAUUCGGGAUUUUUUUUCAGACAUCCAGCGCUACUUGAAUAUGAUUAUUAUUGGAGAUUAGAACCUUCCGUAGAAUAUAUGUGUGAUAUUGAUUAUGAUCCUUUUUCAUUUAUGAAACGAAAUGAUUUAUAUUAUGGAUUCACAAUAAGUCUAUAUGAAUUUGAAAAUACCAUACCAACACUUUGGAAUACCACCAAAAAUUUCAUGAAAGAGUAUCCUAAAUAUGUAAAAGAAAAUAAUGCAUUGGAAUGGAUAUUAAAAGAUGAUGGAGAAAAUUAUAAUUUAUGUCACUUUUGGAGUAACUUUGAAAUUGGAAAUUUAAAUUUUUGGAGAAGUGAAGCAUAUAUCAAGUACUUUGAAUAUUUAGAUAAAGAAGGGGGAUUUUUUUACGAGAGAUGGGGAGACGCACCAGUCCAUUCAUUAGGAUUAUCAUUAUUCACGGAUAAAUCAAAAAUACAUUUUUUUAAUGAUAUAUCAUAUUUACAUCCACCUUAUCAACAUUGUCCAAUUAAUAAAGAAUUUCAUGAAAGUGGGAGGUGUCAUUGUAAUCCCGAUAAAAAUUUUGAUACGGAUUGGUAUUCUUGCACCGAAAAAUGGUGGACACUUUAA